AUGUUAAAUAUUUUACCGACUUUAGUAGUUGCAAGUAUCAUCACAACGUGCUAUGGGGACGUACAAAUAGCCAGCAAGCAACCAUUGGGCACUUUGUACAGAUGGAAGCAAAUAGACUUCGAGUUUCCGAAUGAGAACCUGCGCCAGGAAGCCAUUUACAACAGGCAAUUCAUUCCAUCUAACGUAAUACCACUUGGAAUCGAGCGAUGGAAAGACAGGCUGUUCAUCAGUACACCCCGAUGGAAAAAAGGAGUACCAGCUACACUAUCGACGGUUCCGAUUGUAUCAUCAACAGCGUCACCAACCUUAGAACCGUACCCUAGUUGGGACUGGCAAAAUGCGGAUAACUGCACAGGUUUUACCUCUCUGUUCCGCAUGAACAUAGAUCACUGCGGCGUCAUGUGGGCUCUCGACUCCGGGCAACUGGAACCCUUCGGAGACACCAGUAAUCCCUGUCCGCCAACACUGUUCGCCAUUAAUGUUAACACCGACACUGUCAUCGGCCGUUACCCAAUCCCAAGCGAGUUUGUCUUACAAGAUUCGUUGAUUACUAACCUUGUUGUAGACUCGAGAGAUGUGCUGUGCCGAGAUCUGCAUGUGUACAUGGCAGACGCAUGGCGAUUCGGUUUAAUCGUCUUCCGAGACGAAGACAAGGCUUUUUGGCGAUUCAAUCAUUAUACUUUUUACCCCCAUCCUUUACUUUCUAACUACACUUUACACGGCUUAAACUUUCAAUGGACUGACGGACUCUUUGGCAUGUCGUUAGGUAAUGUACAUCAAGGCGAUCGUUUACUAUAUUACCAUGCUAUGUCAAAUGACCUAGAGUUUGUAGUAAAAACAUCUGUAAUACGAGACCCGUCACGCGUUAACAAUGCCGUAAGUGAGUUUGAACUGCUUGGCCAAUGUCGCGGCGCCGACGGACAGGUAUCAGCCGCAGCUGUCGACCGCAACGGUGUUAUGUUCUUCAACCUCGUUUCUAGAGACAGUAUCGGAUGUUGGGAUACACACAAACCGUACUUAAUCCGUAACUUGAUGAUUGUAGCACAAAAUAAUAGAACUUUGGUUCUCCCUAACGAUUUACGAAUUGACCACGAAGUCCCUCAAAUGGUGUGGAUAAUAACAAAUAAACUGCCUAUGUUUUUGGCCGAUGUAAUAGAUCCAAAUGAAUUUAAUUAUCGUGUCAUAUAUUUAGAUCCAGUCGCAGCAGUUGAAAACAGUAUCUGUCAGCCGUGA